AUGGGCCCCUGUACCGCCUCCUCAUGCUGCUGCCAGGCCCGUAAUCUGCCAUGGGCCCCCGUACCGCCUCCUCAUGCUGCUGCCAGGCCCGUAAUCUGACAUGGGCCCCCGUACCGCCUCCUCAUGCUGCUGCCAGGUCCAGAGUGUGUCAUGGGUCCCUGUACGGCCUCCCAUUGCUGCUGUCUCCAUCGCCACACUCUGCCAUGUGCCACUUUCAGGUCUCCUCACACUGCUGGAGGGUUCCAUUUUUGUUAUAGGGUGCUGUAUGGCCUCCCAUUGCUGCUGCCUCCACCGCCACACUGUGGCUCCACACUCUGGUUUUGGCCCCGUGACUGCCCAAAUGAGUGAAGUGUGCGGUGAUUCUAAGAUCGACGGCACUCAUCUGCAUGUCAUACUGACUGACAGUAUUAUUUCUCUUCCCCAGCAGACUCCAAGGGCAUUUAAAUUAAAGGUACAGUGUUCUGCACUAAUAUAA